AUUGGUGGUGAAUGGACUAUAAAUGAUGGGUCCUUAAUGGGUGGCCAAGUUUACGAUAUGGCCAAACAACAUUCUGGAUACAUGUUUUAUACUGAACACAGAUUUUAUGGAUUUAGUCGACCCACAGAAGACACUUCAGUAGAGAGCUUGCAAUUUCUGAACGUUGAUCAAGCUUUGGCAGAUUUGGCAUAUUUUGUUAACAUAUCAAAAAAACUAUUCCAGGUCUCGAACAUAGUAAAGUGGUUGCAAUUGGUGGUUCCUAUGCUGGAAGUAUGGCGGCUUGGUUCCGAUUAAAAUACCCACAUUUGGCGGACAUGGCUUUAGCCUCCAGUGCUCCAAUGGUGGCAGUAGCCGAUUUUAAAGAAUAUUUAGAAGUUGUGGGUACAGCCAUGAGUUCUCUCAGUGGCAUGAGAUGUUAUGAAGUUGUCCAAAAAGCUACCCAACAAAUCAGGAAAGCAUUUCAGGGACUUGCUGGUGUUGAAGUUGUUGCCAAAACUUUCAAUCUUUGUCCUCCAAUAGAACCAGAUUCACCAUUGGAUUUUGCCAACUUUUUCUCAACAAUAGCAAAUGCAUUUUCUGGAACUGUACAAUAUCACGAGCCAGGAGAUGUUGAAAGUGUUUGCAGAUUUUUGAACGCUGAAGCCAGUAAUAGUUCAGAAAUGGCAACUUUGGCAAAAUUCCUUAGAACCAAAUGGGGCAAUAGAUGUGUCAAUUUAAAAUUUCAACCAAUUGUCAACUUUUUGAGGAAUGACUCCUGGAUGCAUCAGGCUUCAGUUGGAGGAUUAAGACAAUGGAUUUACCAAACCUGCACCGAAUAUGGAUAUUUCCAAACUGAUAAAUCCAUCAAACAACCCUUUGGAAAUGGAGCAAAUACUCUAAAAUAUUAUGAAGCUCUAUGUGAUCAAACUUAUGGACAUGGGUUCGUCGGAAGUAGCAACCAAGUCCUCCAUAAUGGCAUCAACAGAACAAAUAUAGUUUAUGGUGGCCUAAAACCAAAAUUAACAAAAGUGAUUUUCACACAUGGUACAAUUGAUCCUUGGCAUGCCAUUGGAGUUUUGCAGGAUUUGAAUGAAGAUACACCUACUAUAAUAGUUACAGGUACUUCUCAUUGCCAAGACUUGGAAUCCAUAUCAGAAAAAGAUUUGCCUCAAAUGAAAGCAGCAAAAUUGCGUGUGCAGCAAUUGAUAAGCAAAUGGCUCUCGGAAUAAUAAUAAUAAUACUAAAAAUAAUUAUGUUAAAUUUAAAUAAAGUAUUCCAAAAACGCAUAA